AUGGCUGUCUACUUCUGUCAGGCCAUCUCGGAUGCCUGUGCUUCCCUUGGUGACGGCUGUGAGAAGUGCAUCGAGACCAUCUGCCCGCAGGACCGCCCGUUCCCGAUCUUCCUCAGCUAUGCGUGGUGCCUCAACCUGGUGCCGGCUGUGGCGGGCCUCAUCACGGCCUUUACCGGCUCGGGCGCAUGCGACUCGAACCUACAGACCUUCUGCAUUGUGCAGUUCUUUGUAUGUGGGCUACAUCUAAUGUUUGCCUCGUACGGCUACUGGCGGGUUGCCUACCCGCGCCCUGACGAGGAGGGCAAGUCCAUCGCCUCGCUCGCCUGCCACAUGGCCAUGUACGACCCGUUUGUCUGUCUCUAUGCCUUUGUCUGGGUCGGCGCUCUCGUGUGGACCAUCGUCGGCUCGGGCUACGUCUCGUCGGCCAACGCCAAGUGUGAGGACGAGACAAUCUACAAGGUUGCCUCCGUCCUCGUCAUCGUCUCGUACAUGUAUCUCUUUGGCGGCUUCUUGGUCAUCUUUAUGUCCAUCUUCUGCGACUGCUGCCGCGACGAGCGCAAGCCGCGCGACAGCUCGCGCUCCCGUCGCGAUGCCGAGUCGGCCUCACACUCACGCUCGCGCGGCCAGGUCUCCGAGUCGUCGCGCGUCUCAUCGUCAACCUCGGCGGCAGGCGGCGGCGGUGGCGGUGUCUUCUCGGGUGUUCGCUCUAUGUUUGGCGGUGGCGGCGGCCACUCGGCAUCGUCGACCUCCACCUCCCGCUCCACUGCCUCGGGCGCCCCGCCGGCCUACCAGCCUGCUGCAGCCACGCCCUACCAGCAGUCUGCAGCCGCCGGCAACUCUGGCGGCUACCGUCAGGCUGCGGCCGGUGGAUGCCCUCAGGUGUCGCGGAGCCAGGGCGGGCUACUCAUGCUCUUGGUGGUCCUGGUGGUGACGGGCGGAGUGGUGGCGGCGGUGGUGAGCACCCGGGGCAAGGACAACAACCAGCCGAGGCAUGUCCCCGAUCCGGCUACCACCCACAUCAUCCACUCUGCCCUCAAUGCCUCUCUCGGCUACCAACGCCUGGUCUUCAUGUGCGAUACCUUUGGCCAUCGCCUCUCGGGCUCGCAGGCUCUGGAGGACGCCAUCGUCUGGAUCGAGGACAACAUGCGCUCAGACGGCCUUGAUCGCGUCGUCCGCGAGCCAGUCAACGUCACACACUGGGUCCGCGGCGAGGAGAGCCUGCACCUGUUGCAGCCGGCCCUCAUUGCGGGGCCCAUGGCCAUGCUCGGCCUCGGCGGUUCCGGCCCCACCCCGGUCGCCGGCAUCAAGGCUGGCAUCACCGUCGUCGAAUCGCUCGCCGCCGCCCGCGCCAUGCCCGACAAUGCCGCAAACGGGACCUUCCUUCUCCUCAACCAGCGAUUCACUACCUACGGCGAGACCUCGCCCGUCCGCCGCGAGGGACCCAAGGAGGCCGCACGCCUCGGCGCCGUCGCCGCCCUCGUCCGCUCGGUCACACCGUUCUCGCUCAACACCCCGCACACCGGCUCGAUGGCGCCCGCCGCUGUCCCAGGCGCUGCCAUCACCGUCGAGGACGCCGAGCUCCUCGCCCGCCUUGCUGCCGCCGGCGAGACAAUCGAGCUGGAGCUGGCCAUGGAGGCCCACACCCUGCCGGACAAGGCUCUCUCGUACAACGUCAUGGGCGAGAUGACCGGCACCGAGUUUCCCGACCAGGUAGUCGUUCUUGGCGGGCACAUCGACUCGUGGGACGUCGGCACCGGCGCCCUCGACGACGGCGGCGGAAUCCUUGCCGCAUGGGACGCUCUCCGCGUCAUCAAGACCCUCGGCCUCGCCCCGCGUCGCACUAUCCGCGUCGUCGCCUGGACCAACGAGGAGAACGGCGCUGCUGGCGCCGCCCAGUACGCCCGCGACCACGCCCACGAGAUGGAGAGUCUCUCGUUUGCCCUGGAAUCCGACUCGGGCAUCUUUACCCCCAAGGGCUUUGGAUUUACCGGCUCCGACGCCGCCUUUGCCAAGCUCUCUGCCAUCAUCGACGCCAUCAAUGCCGACGCCGCUGCCUCUGACGACGACGACGAUCCCGCGGCCCGCCUGGAGCUCGCCAUGACACGCGGCGGCGGCGGCGUCGACAUCCAGCCGCUCAUCGACGCGGGCGUCCCCGGCGCAGGCCUCCUCGUCGGCAAGGGCUACCCGGACUCGUACUACUUUUACUUCCAUCACACCGACGCCGACACCUCCGACAAGAUCGCGCCUGGCGAGUUCCAGGAGUGCGUCGCAGCCAUGGCCGCCCUCGUGUGGGAGAUCGCCAACCUCGACGAGCUGCUUCCACGCACAUAA